GGCAGGAGGGAAGCGGGCGCUGGAAGGGGCGGAGCCGCGUCCUGCCGGCGCGCGUGACGUCACGCCGUUUGAACGUCCGAGCCGGCAGCCUCUCGUGAGGUGACGUUGGGUCGCUGGUGCAGCUCGCUGGCGGGAGGAGGGGAGCUGAGGGGCGAGCGGAGCCGACCCGAACCCGCAGCUCGCCUCAGAGGGCGGGGUCAGGGGUCAGUAGAAGAAGCUGCCGCCGCCUCCUGCACUGGGUCAGAGAAGCCAUGUGGAGGAAUUGUGUUAGAUUGGCCAGGGGGCUUGGUCACAGUGCAGUCCUCCGUCUGGAUCCAAAGGUGUCAGGCUGCGGUGUCGUUCGAGGGUUAAGUCCAACUGUCUCAUGCAGUCCAACAGCCCCAUGCAGUCUGCUCUGGAACUCUGUGACCUGGCUCUCUCAGGCCAGACAGUCGAAGGAUUAUGCCCUCCCCAACUCCAGCUGGAGCCAGGGCAUGAUGGAUUUGUAUAACAGGUUCCUGGAGAUGUGUAAAGAUGGGACAUGGAAAAGGAUUCCUUCCUACGGCAAUAGUGUUGAUCAUAUACCAGAAUCGCUGAAGCUAGUGCCUGAAAAGGAGCAGAAGGGAACCCGCCUCUUCUCCAGAAACAUGGAUACAGAAGGACUGGGCUUCGAAUAUGCCAUGUUCCUUAACCCAUCUGAGAAAAGGAUGGUGUGUCUGUUCCAGCCGGGCCCCUAUCUGGCAGGGCAUCCGGGGUUUGCCCAUGGGGGCUCCACGGCGACGAUCAUUGACAGCACUGUUGGGGGCUGCGCUAUAUUUGUUGCUGGCAGGGUGAUGACUGCUAACCUCAGUAUAAACUACAGGAACCCCAUUCCGCUGGGCUCGGUGGUCUUGGUGGACAGCAAAGUGGACCAAGUCGAGGGAAGGAAAGUGUUUCUGUCCUGUCAAGUCAAGAGCAUCGAUGGUCAAACGCUUCAUGCAGAGGCAACCGCCCUGUUUAUCCAGCUGAAUUCCACAAAGUCCCUGCAGGAGCAGAUGAGCUCCCAGUGAGUCGUCUUGGCCUGUCGGACGACCAGGCUGCAGCCGAGCCCACUACAGCCUCUCCGGUCGCUAAUUCUCUGCUCUUCUCUCUUCUGUUCUGAAGAGAGAGCUCUGCCCUGGACUUCUCCUGAGUAACAGUGAUAUGGUGCAGAUUCUUCUGCAUUCAUCGACUUUGGGGGGGCCUCUCUUAAGGCCACCUCUGCCCAUUGGGCUCCACUACAGCUGUUGUGUCGCCCCACCCUCAGCUGGCCGGUCAAUUUCUGAUUAACCUCCGAACAUGAAGGUCCCAUUCUUUGCCGGCUGUACCGGGAACUGCUGAUGGGAGUUGGUGCCGUCUGUGGACUUCAGAGACAGUGAGCUCUGCAUGUUAUUGUGUGUUAUCAGGUGUUUUAUCAAAGGACAAAUGUGAUAAACCCUUGGUCAGCCAUUUCCUGCACUGCAAGCAUGUAGAUUCUCUCAGCUCCUACACGUAUUUCUUACUGUUGUCUUCCAUUUUGUCUUGUCUGCUGAGGAAACUUGCGUGCUAUCUUGUGGUCCAGCAUGCUGUCUAUCCUUCACAGCAUACGUGAUCUACAUGCCUCGGGAUGGGUAAUGGGUUUUGAAACCUUAUGCGCCAGUUCAGGUCUAGUUCUACUAGACAGGGUGAUCCAGACCCAAGUUGUAUCUUAUCCUCUUGGCUGUGACCCAUUCUCCUUUAGCAUGGAGAAGUGGGGUGGGGUGGGGAAUUUGGCUUCCAUGCCUAAAAGGAGGUAACAUAGAACAUAAUUUGUCCCUGUCAUUGGAACUUAGUGGACAGAUCUGUUUAGUGACGCGCGAGCCGGAAGAGAAACCAGCUCCUGCUCUCGUAAGCUCUGCAGAGCCAACUGAGGAAUUAAAAAGUAGAUCUGAGUCCGAUUAUGGGAUAGAGCUAUGGCAUUGGAAGGCACUGUCAUGGAAGAGUCACCGCAAAGUUUUGCAGAGACAUUUUUAGGGCUGAUUGAAAGUUUUCAGUCAAAACCUUUUUCUUUUUCAUGGAAAAUCGGGCCUUUGAUCAAACAAAACGUUUGCAGAAUGCCUCUGCUUUCCACAGCAGCAUUAAGUGUUUUCCAUCAGAAAAUGGAAGGCUGGAAUGGAAAUGAUUUUGAUUCCGAAAUGCCGUUCUGUAUGGGCCGGGAUCCCCAGCCAGAUUACGUCUUCCAUAAUGCAGCGCAGCCAUGCAGCUGCCCUGAAGUGGGGCCUGCCUCACAAGGAGACUAGAAGCGUGAGGCAUCACAGCAGCAUUUCACAAUCGCUCUAUUUUGUUAGCAACAGAUCUUAGUCAGGCCAAAUCUCUUUCCUCUUUAGCAGCUUCCUUCUCCAGGGCCCCAAUCCUACAAUGAGCAGAUCUUGGAGCACCAAGUUUGCUGCUGAUGUGUGACCUUAACAAUCAGUAGCCAGCGCACGGCCUUCUUUCCUUUGGGAGUGAGCUGUCAUGGAGGGGUGGGAGGGAGAGGAGAACAGGAUGGGGGGAGGCAAACUCCUGGAUUCCCUUCUGAACUCUGCCACUGCCUCAAGUGAUCAUGGGCAAGUCACUUACCCUCUGUGCCUUGGUUUCCCUACCUGUAAAAUAAGGGUUGAUUAAACUCUUCUGUCCUGGGAGGAGAACAGUGAGGGUUAAUUCAUCUCUGUCAAGCACUAGAAAUGCUAAUUAUUUAUAGUAGAUCUUUAGUUGUGUCUGGGAUAUCAGGCAAAGAAAACAUUAAUGGAGGCAAAGGAAGUAAUAUAUACAAUCUUAUUUAUUUUUGAAGUUAACUCACUGCAGUCUUGCUACAUUAGUGAGAAAACAGAAGGUGUUUUGCAGAAGCCUCCUGAGGAGUUUGCUUGUAGCUACCCUUAAAGCUAAUCUUGAAUGGGAUUUGAAUUUGCUCACUAAAGAGCAGCAGUGAUUUUUGCCUGUGCCCGCCACUGAAAGUUUGCGUUUGUGAGACCCAGGGAUUUACGCUCCUUGCUAUGAAGGGGAAGGCUUUCAGGACAACUUUAAAUCCUGAGGGGAAAGGGUUUGUUUGUCUUUUAAACAUCUCACCUUGUGGGAAAUCUCACCGCAACAGUGUUGUCCUGGUAGUGUUGCUUCUUCAAUCCUGCAGCUGCUCCACUUCUGCAACUAGACGGAGCUAAUCCCGGAACCGAGUGAAGGAGCACUUUCUGUUUCUCAGUCCAGGCAGAUCAAAGAACUCCCAUAUGUUUGGAUGGGGGGCGUAUGUAUUUAUUUUAAGUUCUGUAAAUGAGCAUUCACUGCCAGUAACUCACAUACUCUAUGGAGUCACAAUGUGAACCAACAGUGGGAGAACUGCCCACAGCUGGCACCAUGGAAGUAUUAGGGUAGAUUGGGCUCUGGCAUUUCUGCCAUGGUGCUGUUUAUCCCUGCUCGGCUUAGAGACCAGCAUGGUUUAAAACUGCCUGAACCUGAGCUGUGUCCACACUCCUGCAAUUACUAUACUAAUGGUGGGAGAAUGCUUCUAAAAAUUGUCACCUUAGACACAGCCUAGUGCAGAGUGCUCCAUAGGAGAAGCAGAGCAUGAAAGUGACCAGGCUAGGUCCACCUUCAGAACUGCUUGAAGAACAAAAGAAAACACAGGGCAGCAACACGGCAAAUCGGAUCAGGUCGUGAAACUGGAAUAAUUGUUAGGCUCUCAGCCAGAGCCGAGAAUGCUGGUAAGGAAAUCUCUCAACAACUGAUUGAGGCUCAAACAGAAGGACUUAAUUGGGCUGUGACAUGAAUUGACUUAUUGUUCUUCACCCAGUGCGCAGGGUUUAAAAACUUGAAAUUUGCUCUCUCAAAUAUCCUGGUGCCUGGGUGGGGAGUUCAUCUUGGUUUUGAGUUGGAUUGUUAUCUUGUUUGUCACUGUUUGGAGCAUCUCCAUUUGAAGGGAUGGUUUCUGCAAUCUAAAAGGGGCAUGACCAGUCAGGAAUAAAGAUGUUUAUUUUAGAACAGA